AGCAAGCUAACAUGGAAUUUGUUCUUCCCAGUGGUACUGUUUGGAGGUUCAGCUCUCUUUUUGCUACCUGUACUGCUAUCACCCAGGAUUAAAAGCUGUAGAUAUCCCAUGGCUGCAGCAAGGGCUUUCAGCGACUUGGAUGAAGACUGCAAAGAUGCAUCAGAACAGCAUGGGCAAUGACUUCUGGGAAGAUCAUGAAAAAAUAAAGUAUGGCUAAUGGACCUGAGUUCCUCUCUCCUCCCUUUUGGCAGUCAUUCAUGGUAACACAAAGUCUCCCUGGUGUAUUUGAGUCUCCUCUCAGGUAAGCCCUUCAGCUCGGAGCCAUCCACAAGUGCAGAGUGCUUCGAAACAAGCCCACUGAGGCAUGCUAGCAAGACCCUGAGUCACAGGCGGAGCAAACUUUCCUAGCUCAUCACCAUUCACUGGCCUCAAAUCCUCUUUGGAGUAGCUACCAGAGGGGCUGAACUUUGCUGUUUUCUGCUGUGCUGCCCGGGACCUUUUCCAUGUUAGCAAAAGCUGAUGGAAACCUGUGUCUAAGUGGUACCGUGUGAGAGCAACUCACCCUGUUCCCUCACAGCCUCUCCCUGCUUUCGUCUGUACCAGCAGCCCUGCAUCACCACGCGCCAGAUGUGCAGGCAGCUGCAAAGAGCUUCCCUCCCUGAGUGCAGGUGCUGUCUUUCAAGAAACAAAAUGGUGGACCUGGAAACCAGCUGGAGAUUGCAAAGUCUCCUUUCCGUUGAGGUUGCUGGUCAGUGGUCAUCUUCCACCACACUCAAAGAAACUGAAAGAGCUCCACACUAACUUCUGUAAGGUUUGUUUCACCAUGGAAGAUCAAAUGAUUUUCUGGCUCAGGUUUUGUGAAGUUCGGCAUCUGCCUUGGACCCACAAUUUGGAAAAGGGAUCAUCUCUGAGGCACGGUUAAGAGACAGAAAAACCCAUCCCAGACGAUGAGCACUCUAAGUAGCACUGGAAUAUUACUCAGCUUAACGACAGUGUCUGUUACGCUGGAUUUUAAUUUGCGUGGUGGUCUGAUGGCUUGGUCCUUAAGCAGCAAUUUGACUCUGAAUCAGAGUUUGCCUACAUCUGAUCCUCUUAAUGCCUCUGAAAAGGGUGAAGUCUCUCGGAUGUCUGUGCGGGAGAAGAACUGGCCGGCCCUCCUGAUCCUGGUUGUCAUCCUGCUGACCAUUGGGGGGAACAUAUUGGUAAUUAUGGCUGUAUCCUUGGAGAAGAAGUUGCAGAAUGCCACAAACUUCUUCCUGAUGUCCUUGGCGGUGGCAGACAUGCUGGUGGGUAUCCUGGUCAUGCCCGUGUCGCUCAUUACAGUCCUGUAUGAUUAUGCUUGGCCUUUGCCUAAACAGUUGUGCCCUAUAUGGAUUUCCCUAGAUGUGCUCUUUUCAACUGCAUCUAUUAUGCAUCUCUGUGCCAUCUCUCUUGAUCGGUAUGUAGCAAUACGCAAUCCCAUUGAGCACAGCCGCUUCAAUUCCCGCACCAAGGCUAUUAUGAAAAUUGCUGCAGUUUGGACCAUAUCCAUAGGGAUAUCUAUGCCCAUUCCGGUCAUUGGUUUGCAGGAUGACUCCAGAGUGUUCGUAAAUGGGACCUGUGUCCUCAAUGAUGAGAACUUCGUCCUCAUUGGAUCCUUCAUGGCGUUCUUCAUCCCUCUCAUCAUCAUGGUGAUCACAUAUUGCCUGACCGUCCAGGUGCUGCAGAGACAGGCAACGGUGUUCAUGUGUGGCGAGGUGCCCAAGCAGAGGAGGAGCAGCGUAAACUGCCUCAAGAAGGAAAACAACACAGAGAACAUUUCAAUGCUUCACAAUCAUGAGGGAGCAUCUCACUUGAACUCUCCUGUAAAUAAGGAGGCAGUGCUUUUUCGGAAAGGAACUAUGCAGUCCAUCAACAACGAGCGAAGAGCCUCCAAGGUCCUGGGCAUUGUCUUCUUUUUGUUCCUCAUCAUGUGGUGCCCAUUUUUCAUCACUAAUGUCAUGUCUGUCCUUUGCAAGGAAGCCUGUGAUAAAGACCUCUUGAGUGAACUCCUUGAUGUGUUUGUUUGGGUGGGGUAUGUUUGCUCUGGGAUUAAUCCCCUCGUAUACACACUCUUCAACAAAACAUACCGCAGGGCUUUUUCCAAUUACAUCCGUUGCCAAUACAAGACCAGUAAAAAAUCAGCGCUGCGGCAGAAUCAGUGUCUGAAUGUUGCUUCAACAGCUUUAUAUGGGAAAGAUCUGACUUUAACUAGUUAUCGAAAUGGCAAUGAACUCAAUAGCAUGGAACUAGAUGAAGUUGAGGAGGGCCUUGAAAUGCAACCAGGGACUUCAGAGCUCUCCAUAAACAGCUGUAAUGUUGAGGCUCCGGCUCCCCUAAGGAAGGUGGGGAAUGCAGUUCUGGUGUGGUUUUGCGAUCCUGGCUGGGAUCACUUGCACACUUGGAGAAGAAGCAUGAGAAACAAAGCGAACGCCAGUUAUCUGCUUCAACCAUUUUAUAAAUGGAGGGCCUCAGAUUUAUAAAAAGCCCUCCUUUGGCCUUGUAGAUAAUCAUCAGCUCUGGGAUGGAGCAAGCUGUGCUCAGUGUGGAUGGCACUGCCUUCACAGAUUGCUUGGAUGAUCAGGGUCUUUGGCUGACCUGGAGAAGAGCUCUCUGGCUUUGUAAGGGCUCUUGUCUUCUCAGUCCUCACAUCUAUUUAUUCCUUAGCUUGUUUAGCAUUUGCUUUUGUUUUUCAACAUCCUGGGACUUGCAGUGCUGGUGAUAAAACACUGCUUUGGGUGUAGAGCAGAAGCUGCUCUGUGUGCGAUGCUGGUCGGGUCAGGCUGUGAGGUACAGGAUACACCUCCCUGGAGUAUGCUUGGAGAGAGGCAUGAACGAGGAUCCCGGCUCAUUUCCCCUGUUUCAGGAGGAGGUGGGCAGAGCUGGACAGAGCAUGUGACUGGAAUCAUUUGCUGGUGAUGUGGUUCAAAAGCAAACGAUGACCAGGGACAGGAAGGAAGCAGACCUCGAGCUGGUCUACAUGGAAGAUUAAUCUGGAUUAACUUUUAAAUUUUAUUUAUUCCAUUUCACUCCCAAAGUCAAUUAUAGUAUAUCAUAUUAACACCGCUUACAUCUUAAUGAAAGCACCCAUAUUGGGAUUUAAUACAGUUUAAGUAAUCUGCUUUUAAUUCACAGCAUGUAUAAUUUGAAUUAAUUUUCCUCUGUGUUCCUGUGUAGACAAACCCUCCAAGGCAUCGUGUCUGUCUGGCAGUGUGCCUCUGGGGUGAUGCCUCUCAUGCAAUUCUCCUUGUGUAGAGUAUUGCCUAAUGCCAGAUAUCACCCAUAAGGUUUUUACAUCUUCAUUUAACUAAUGCACAAAUGCUGCAGUGCCCAUCUAACAUGGAUGCAUUUAGCAUCACUGACAGCCUCUGACUAUGAAAAUCCUUAGAACUGAAAAGCUUACACUAGGCAUGGAUAAAUUGCAUUUUACUAACAUGAACUGCUUAUACUCUAAGCUUGCUGUGUUCAUCCCACCAAAAUUAACUUGUAGAAGAAAUGGAAAAUUCUGCUAGUGCUUUAGCAUAACAUUGUGCUGUUGCAUUGCCGUGUACAGCAACAACCUCGCUGAGGCCACUACCGAAACACAACAUACGGGUUGCAUCUUCUGCUGUGUUGCACCUGGCUUGAUGUGUUGAAGUUGAUGGUCCUCUCUUCUCCCUCAUCUCCUCCUGGGAAAAACCCAUAGUACUUCCAUACAGGCAGGCGAGGUAUCCAGGUGUGGAGUGUAGCUUACUGCUUGCAGAAGGCAGCAGAGAUGCACCAUGUGCCAGCCUGCUGAUACCACCACGGGCUUGAAUGCUCAGGAAUCCACUUGCCUCUCCAAAAAGGUCUGGUAACCAGUAGGAAAAGGACUGGCCAGAGACACAAACUUGUGCCUUCAGUGACUGCCCUUUGCUCUAAGUCAAAUUUGUUUAUCUCAAACAGUACAGAAAAAUCAGAAAGAUCACAUUGCUUUU